AUCAAUUAUAUGUUUGUCAGAAAUUUUAACUUUUUGUCAUUUUUUUCUACAACUAUUUCAUGAUACUUGUAUUGUUUUUGUGUGUAUAUUAUAUUGAAGUGAUUUUAUUUUAACUUAUAUUAAUUUAAACUAAGUAUAAUGACCCAAAAUUUUCAAGAAUUACCAACAGGAUUCGAAGAUUUCCAUCCUACUAACGUUCCAAAAGGUAUGAAAGAUUAUGCUAUUAAAGUUGAAAUAACUCCGGAACAACAAAAUCAAUUAAAUUAUCAUAAGUUGAAUGUCUUAAGGGAAAAUCAUCAAUACAUAAAAUCUCAUCCGGAAAUAAAGAAUGUCGUUAAUCUUUUAUUGAAGGAAGUUCUACGACGACGACCAUCCACCGAUAUUGAUCUGUUUAUGGUAAACUAUUUUUUUCAAAAUUUGAACGAAUUUUCGAAAAUUAUAUACGGAAGUGACUUUACAUCAAAAAAAUCAAAACAACCGACUGAUAUAGCUAGCGAGUAUUGCAUCAGCGUUUCAUCGUUGCGUCAUUACAACCCCGAAAGAUAUGGCGAUUCUUUAACUAGCAGUGACUCUUCCGGUAUUGUUGUUCUGGAACAAGCAGGAAAGAACAAAGCUAUUGAUUUGCAAUCUCAAGCGAAAUCGUUAAAUACAUCGAAAAUAAUAUGUGAAUCCAUCCUGAAUGAUUUAGUGGAUAAUUUCAGUACUAACGAAUUAUCAUGAAACAAUUUUUUCUUUUCUCACACACGGAGAAAGACAUCAUGAAAUGUAAUUAUUACUUAGUAUUUUUGAUAAUUGAAUAAAACCUAUAAGACUAUGA